GAACUAACUCCAUUACUGCUCUUCUCAGUUCUCACUCAAGCUUUCGAACAAGGAAUUAAUUACCAGUCAGUCGGCAAGAUGAAUCAGAUGAUUUCAAAGUCUGCUUUUCGAGCUUUCACUUCCGGUCGUAAUCGACUGGCUGUUCUCUCAACUGAUCAUGGAUCGUCGGCGUUUCUCAAUCGGUCAUGUUUGAAAAGGUCGAUCAGCACCGCGACAGGCACGCCACCGACUGAGAACGAAAGGAAUCAGAAACCGUCGGCGGACAACAACAAGGGAGAAGGCGGCGGUGGUGGUUUGGUUGAGUCAAGCUAUUGGGGGAUUUCGCGACCGAAGAUUAGUAGGGAAGACGGCACCGAGUGGCCUUGGAAUUGCUUCAUGCCAUGGGAGACUUACCAUUCGAAUCUAUCAAUAGAUCUGACUAAACAUCAUGAACCGAAGUUAUUUCUUGAUAAAUUUGCUUACAGAACAGUGAAAAUCCUUAGAAUCCCUACCGAUAUAUUUUUCCAGAGACGAUAUGGUUGUCGUGCAAUGAUGUUAGAAACAGUAGCUGCAGUUCCUGGUAUGGUGGGAGGGAUGUUACUUCAUCUUAGAUCUCUGCGUAAGUUUGAACAGAGUGGUGGUUGGAUUAAAGCUCUUUUGGAAGAAGCUGAAAAUGAGAGAAUGCAUCUAAUGACUAUGGUUGAACUUGUUAAGCCAAAAUGGCAUGAGAGAUUACUUGUUCUUGCUGUGCAAGGAGUAUUCUUUAAUGCUUUUUUUGUGUUAUAUCUGAUGUCUCCUAAACUAGCUCAUAGAGUUGUUGGGUAUCUGGAAGAGGAAGCUGUACAUUCAUAUACUGAGUUUUUGAAGGAUAUUGAUGAUGGUAAAAUUGAAAACAUAGAUGCACCUGCAAUUGCUAUUGAUUAUUGGAGAUUGCCAAAAGAUGCAACCUUGAAGGAUGUCAUUACUGUUAUUCGUGCAGAUGAGGCACAUCAUCGAGAUGUCAACCAUUUUGCAUCUGAUAUUCAUUUUCAGGGGAAGGAAUUGAGAGAUUCACCAGCUCCUCUUGGCUACCAUUAAAUUCAAUUGCCUAAGUUCAAAGCUUUUGAGAAAAAAAAAGAAAACAUUGAUCGAAUUUUCGAUGUAAUCUGUUCUAAUGUCUGGUAUUCUUGCUUAAUGUGUGUGAGUAUAAGUUUGGUUUGAUAAAAUUCUAGCAACUAUGUCUUUCUAAUCAAAUGUACUGUUGGGAUUUUUGCAAGAGGAUUCGUGUUUUUCCUCCUUUUAUGUACAUAGUGUGUAUUCAUUUUAUAUUUUAUCUUUGUAAAUAAUUCGCGAAGUUGAAAGCAUACUAUGAUUCCAAUAAGACAGAUCGAGGCUAAGACAGAUCGAGGCGGAGAGACCAUCGAGGAGACUAUUUAUCAUCAUAUCAUGUUUUAUUUGGAGAUUUUUGUACAAGGAUUUGUGUUUUUUUUCCAACUUUUUAUGUAGGUAAUUGAUGCACAAGUUUAUAAGUCAUCCAUCCAAGAAUUACAACUAUGAAUGUCAAUAUGGUCAAUAUGACAGAUGGAGUUGUGAGUGUACUUAUCAUACAUCUUCAUGCAUUCUAUUAUGAGAUCUAUAUAU